ACAGAACAGACGCCUGGAACGAUGCCCGAUUCACCCGCUGAUGUGAAGACCCAGCCCAGAUCGACUCCGCCCACCAUGCCGCCUCCGCCCCCUGCCGUCAGCCAGGCAGCCAAUCGCAGCGCUUCGUUCACACCCACCACCAUGCUGAACGGGAGCAGUCACUCGCCCACGGCGCUGAACGGCGCUCCCUCCACGCCCAACGGCUUCAGCAACGGCCCGGCCAUGUCCUCCACCGCCUCGCUGUCCAAUCAGCAGCUGCCCCCGGCCUGCGGCGCCCGCCAGCUCUGCAAGCUCAAGCGCUUCCUCACCACGCUGCAGCAGUUCGGCAACGACAUCUCGCCCGAGAUCGGGGAGCGCGUCCGCACGCUGGUGCUGGGCCUGGUGAAUUCCACCCUGACGAUUGAGGAAUUCCACGGCAAGCUCCAGGAGGCUACCAACUUCCCCCUGAGGCCGUUUGUCAUUCCCUUCCUCAAGGCGAACCUGCCCCUCCUGCAGAGGGAGCUGUUGCACUGUGCGCGGAUGGCGAAGCAGACCCCGGCGCAGUACCUGGCCCAGCACGAGCAGCUGCUGCUGGACGCCAACGCCAGCUCCCCCCUGGACUCCUCCGAGAUCCUGCUAGAGAUCAACGAGCACGGCAAGAGGAGGACCCCCGACAGAACCAAAGACAGCUCUGUGGACAGGAGGCUGCACGUGGAGCACCCCCCCAAACGGCCCUGCACCUCCAGCCCCAGCCAGCGCUACAGCCCCGCCCACCCCCCCAACGGCCACCCCGCCCUCCCGCCCAACGGCCUGGCCCACGCCACGCCCCCCGCCCCCCCCCACUACCGCCUGGAGGACAUGGCACUGGCGCACCACUACAGAGACGCGUACCGCCUCACUGAGCACAGAGAGACCAGGGACCGGCACCGGCCACCAGCCGUGCACGGAGCGAGGCAGGAAGAGGUCAUCGAUCACCGGCUGACGGACCGAGAGUGGGCGGAGGAGUGGAAGCACCUAGAUAAU